AGUUUUGCCUUGGUUUGAUUUGUCUUCUGCAUGAAAAAUGUCAUAUUAUCAUCCUCAAAAAAAGCAGCAGUGAUUAUCACACAAAGGGUAGUUGACUUGAUGGUUUAACUCCCGCCAUUAACAUUAUUUAUGAUUGUGCUCAUUUGUUGGGCCUUCUUUUUUUUCUUUCUUGUCAGUAUUUGGUUUUGUUCUGAGUUUUCUUUAGCGUCAGAGCAGAAAAGGGUACAAUAUCUUUGUUUUGCAGCUCUGCCCGAACACUGGUUUUCUGAGAAAUCUGAUAACUGUGAUUAAAAAUCUUGCCUUCAUCAGCUGUAAAAGAUUUAGCAAAGUAGGAGGUUUAGCUGUUUUAGAAUGGAAACCCAAGAUUUAGCAAAGCACGAAGAAUCCAUUCCAACACUCAUAAAAUACAUCUUAUCCAAAGAAGUGACCGGCUUUGAUAGCAACUGUAGCUCGAAUAGUAAUCAGAACCAACCCAGUGGUUCUCAUCCUAUCGCUUCAUCGGCUAUGGGAAAUGGAACUAUUGCUUCUGAGAACCGCUCUGACAAAUUUCAACCCAUCAACGAUCAAAGGACUCAUUCUAUUUCCAUUAGCAUGCCAACUUCUCCAAGGGGAAACAACUCAGAGAUCAAUGAAAAAGUUCUUUUUGAAGAUAAUGGAGAAACAAGUUUAGGCAAUGGAAUUUCUGUUUCUUCUGCUAAAUCUGUGGCCGCCAGCUCGCAGAGAAAACAAACAAAAUUUCAUUCUCAGCCAAUGCCAAAGGGAUGUGCAGUUGAGCUGGGAGUUAAUGUUACAAAGUCUCAUAACAAUAAAAAAUUGAAGGAUAAAAGAUAUGAUUCUUUCAAAACAUGGUCUGGGAAACUUGAAAGUCAGAUAUCACAUUUACGAGGGAAGCCACAUGAACCCUCACCAGAGAAUUUUGUAGAGCAUAGAACAGAGAAGGAUGCUUUACCUGUGGAUCGAUACUAUGAUGCAUUGGAAGGGCCUGAGUUGGAAAACCUUAGAGCCUCAGAAGAAAUAGUGCUACCAGAUGACAAGAUAUGGCCAUUUCUUCUUCGGUAUCCCAUCUCUUCAUUUGGUAUUUGUCUUGGCAUAAGCAGCCAAGCAAUCAUGUGGAAAACCCUGGCCAACUCUGCCUCCACAAAAUUUCUCCACAUUAGCCCGAAUGUAAAUCUUGUCCUAUGGUGUAUCUCUCUUGCUCUUGUAGCCAUUGUAGCUUCCAUCUAUCUUCUCAAGGUAAUUCUCUACUUUGAAGCUGUUCGUCGUGAAUAUUACCACCCAAUCCGUGCCAAUUUCUUCUUUGCUCCAUGGAUAGCCCUCCUGUUCUUAGCACUUGGAGUGCCUCCUUCAGUUGCCAACAACCUGCAUGGUGUCCUUUGGUAUAUUCUCAUGACUCCAAUCCUCUGCCUUGAGCUUAAGAUCUAUGGACAAUGGAUGUCUGGAGGACAAAGGAGGCUUUCAAGGGUAGCAAAUCCUUCAAAUCAUCUCUCAGUUGUAGGGAAUUUUGUUGGGGCACUGUUGGGUGCGUCAAUGGGGCUAAAAGAAGGACCUAUUUUCUUCUUUGCUGUUGGGUUGGCUCACUACACUGUCCUAUUUGUAACCCUCUACCAGAGACUUCCAACAAAUGAAACCCUCCCAAAGGAGCUCCAUCCAGUAUUCUUUCUGUUUGUUGCAGCUCCUAGUGUUGCUUCCAUGGCAUGGGCAAAGAUUCAAGGCUCCUUUGAUUAUGGCUCGCGGAUUGCUUACUUCAUUGCCCUGUUUCUUUAUUUCUCACUGGCAGUUCGUAUUAAUUUUUUCCGAGGAUUCAAGUUCUCAUUGGCUUGGUGGGCGUACACUUUCCCAAUGACUGGAGCCGCCAUUGCAACCAUUAGGUACUCAAAUGAAGUCACCAACAUAGUAACUCAAACUCUUGCCGUUAUACUCUCAAUCACUUCCACAUUCACAGUCACAGCUCUGCUUGUAACCACAAUAAUACAUGCAUUUGUGCUCCGAGACCUCUUCCCUAAUGACAUAGCCAUCGCCAUAAGCGAGAGCAGACCAAAACAUCAUCAUCAUCACAAGAAGUGGUUCCAUCGAAGACUUGGAAGCUUAGAAAAUAAAGAGAUUGAGAAUUACUUGAAGUAUGCAAACUCAGAUUGCAAAGACAUGGAAGCUUGUAUAAGCCCUCCGAGCUUACAAGGUAGUAAAUAAGUAAUGAGUGCCUAUAAGCAAGCCCUUGCCAUUUUCUGAAUCUUCAGCCUAGCCAUGCGAGGAACACGAGAUUAACUAACGAAAAGUUCCAGCGAGCAUGUGUUGACGAGGAAAUGAAGAUUUACGCGGUGAGGUUGCUUAUUGGAAGAAUUACUAUGUACUUUGUUCAUUCUAUAUAAUAUUAUGGGUCUCACACCCAUGAAAAAAAAGUGAAAAAUUUAUCCAAAGCACUAAAAAUUAGUUCUUUUGUCCAUGUUAGAAGAGAGAAUACAAGUAAUGAAGUAAAGAAUUAUGUAUUUUGUCUCUGUAUUAUUUACAGAGAUAUCACAUCUAUUUAUACAUGAGAAUAUGAG